AUGAAAUACUCAAAAAUCCCUUUGACUACACCUCCUUUGUACUUAAAGAAUAAUUUAGCAAGCACAGAUCAACACAUGGCUUAUUUAUCCUAUAACUCAGAUAAACUGAAAUUAAACGUAGUAAAUAAGAAAAAUAAAGAAGUGCGAUUAAUAUCAAUAGAUGAUCAAUCCAUUCCUACAUCCAUACAAUAUAUGUCCGAUCAGACUUUGAUUGUUACUACAAUGAAUGGAUAUUAUAUUUAUUCAGAGAAUGGUCAACAAUAACAUCAUAAGUUAAGAAAUCAAUUAGGGGAUAUCUCCUAAUACUUUAUAGGUGCUACUCUGAUAAAUCCUGAAAAUUAAAAACCCUUUUAUGCAAUUGGAUUUGAAAAUAAAAUAAUCUUUGUAGAUCAAAAGACCCCGAAAUAAGAAUUCUUUGGAGUUAACCUCAAAAAUAUUCAGCCCACCUGCUUGACAAGUUAUUACUAGUAUCUGAUUUAUGGAGAUUCUAAAGGAUAUAUUCAUCAAAAUAAAUGUUUAGCAAUCCAACAAGUUACAGAGACCAAAUCACUUAAUUUGCAGACCAAGGACACAACAAUUCUUUCCAUAUCAGUUUUGGAGAAGAAGGACACUGAGACAAAGGUACUAGUAAUAGUUGGUGAUUUUAUUGGCAGAUUAACAGUUGUAGAUCUUAUGAAUUGGGAAAUCCUCUGUGUGAUCAAUUCUCACAUUAAACCAGUCACUACUUUAGCAAUAAAUUAGUAACGAGAAUAAUUUCUGUCUGGCUCUGAUGAUACGUUCAUUAACAUUUGGAAAUUGAAUCAAAACUUAUAGCCUUAAUUAAUUUAGUCCCAUCAUUUGGAUGAUACCAUAAUUGUGGGAAUUACAAGUGAUAUAUUUGUUGCAGCAUAUGAUCAACAUGAAUUAAUUUAUAUUGAAAAUAAUUGA